AUGAGUGAGAAAGACCACUCCAGUGUGAAGCUGCUGCCUUCGGCUCAAGAUGAAGCCGACCGACAGCAAUCCAGCAGUACCGUGGCCUCUGCCGGCGGCGGCGAAAGAGCCGCCAGCCAGGACAGUCUCUUGCCGCUUUCUAGUCCCCCGCCUCAGCAGAAGGUCAAGUCAUUAGCUGCAGAAACAGCAGCAGCAGCUCAGUCAGCCCCGCAACAAUGGAAAACAGCUGCUGCAGAGCAAUGCAAAGAAGGGAACCUACAGGGGAACUCCAAGUGGAGUCCUAACGAAGCUCUGGACGGUUGCUGUAGUCCGCAGGUCUCGCCAUUCACCUACGACAUGCAUCUUUCCAGUACUAGCGUUGGAUGUGGCAACAACAGUGAAGCGGUUGCUAAUAUAGCUGGAGCUUCUACGUUCGCAAGCCCUCCCAGCGUCUCACGGCCGCAGCACUUGUCAGUUUGCGUAUCUUCUAACAGCAGCAACAACAGCCUCAACAUCUGCAUGAAAAGCCUCCGUUCCCAAGCACCGAAUCAGCAGCAUGCCCAGCUGCAUCAGCAGUCACAACAGGAACAGCCUGUAAGCUGCAUCAUUAUUGAGGGAUACUCUGGUGAGCUGGCCUACAUAGAGUUCGUGCCUCAGGGGGACCUCACAGGACUGCAGCUGCUGGCUAGGGCGCGGAGACGAGGAAACAGUUCGGGGUUGUUGCGAGUUGCUGCCGCUGCAUUCGAUUCCUCCACAGCAGCAGUACAUGGACAAGGUGAAAUUGCCCGUACGACAAGCUCAUCUGUAAGAAAACCCCUUACUCCCACCAUAGCUGUGCAGCAGCUAAGGCCGUUGCUGCAACAAUCUCCAGUUUUAUCUGAUGCAAGGGAACGAGGAGUUGGAGGUGGGACAAGUCCUGGCAUCCACAACGGAAGCGGCCCUCGCUGCUGGGUGGUUGGUUAUGAGGAGUUGAUUGCAGGACUUUUACCGGCUUGGAGGUCUUUGAGCUCAGAGUCCCGCAUUUCUCUCUUAAGCGCUGUGGGCGUCUCCACUUGGCAGUCUUUCUUCCAUCUUCUCGGUUUAUCUCAAAACGCCGGUCUUCUGCCCCGUUUGCUGCAAGCCAUAACGACCCAAGCAGAGAAAGGGGAUCGGUCUCUUCGUCGCAGACUAAAGAAAGCUCUGAGCACUUUGCAGGGCUUUCGCAUCGAGCUCGAAGAUCAGCAGCAGCUACUGGCAAAGACACGCUUCCUCCGCCGCCACCGCAGCAGCAGCAACAGCAGCAGCACCGGGCCUCAAGAGGCUCUGCAAAAAAUUAUCCAGUGCUACGUGGGGAUAUCGAGGCUGGCGGAAGAGACGCAUGCUGCUGCUGAUGACCUACUGCAGCACGUCAGGAAUGGGAAACAGCUUCAGCAACAGCUGCAGCAGCAUCAGCUCCACUUUGCGGCUGCUCUUGGCAGAAUCGAUUCCUUCGCCCACUCCCUACAGCAGUUGCAGCAGCUUGCCAGACAGGAGGAACAGCAACUGCAACAGAUGCAACAGCAACAGAAACAACACAUUUGGAAACUUAUGGACCAGUGGUCAUCUGGGGAAAUUGAGAUGCAGCAGCAGCUGCUAAAAACGGUUCUGCAAAUCGCAGCAGCAGAUGCAAGGCACUUGGAUGAUCUGCGAGACGCUUGGAUACAGCUGACUUGCUUGUGCGCGCUACCAAGGAAACUGGCAGCAGACGACACGGUGGAUGCAACGCGAGCAAAAACCACAGCAACAACAGAAUCAGCAGCAGGCGGUCUUGUUGAUACGCUACCUGCAGAUGAGCCGCUUGCUAGAAGGAUUGGGCUCACGAAGGAGAGCGCCCCUCGUCUGUUGUUGCUUUGCCUUAUGCUAGGAGCCGACGAGCUGGCAGUUUGGGUCAUUCAUUGGAUUGACGCAUGUAUGCCGAUUGCAGCGCCUUCUGCAGAAACAGGUUGUUCAGGAGCCGGAAGAGCUCCUGGUUGCAAAGACAAAGUAAGACGCAGCAGCUGUGUUCCUACACUAGUAGCGGCAGAAGACUUCGCAUCUGGCAUUGCAGAAGCACAGGAGGACAUGCAGCCCGAAGCAAAUGUCUAUACACCAGAGAUAUUCGCCCUCCUAAGGAGACGUCUGCUGCGAAUCCGCGCAUGCAGCCAUCUGCCAAGGUGCAGCAGCAAGAUGGCGAAGGCACGCAUUGGCCGGUAUGCUGCAGCAUAUCCUUCCGACAAUAUGCAUGAAGGACCAUACAGAAGCAGCUCAUUGACCACGGAAAACACCACCAAAGGGCAAUAUGCUUCGGCGGCCGCCGAAGCAUCGGCGGCUCCUGCUGCAGCACAUGCGCCUGCUGAAGCAGAAUCCAAGGUAGUAACAAGCAGCAAGAGUCUGAAGACAGUUGCAACAGGAAUCUGCCCCUCCCCAGCAAGUCGUCGUAGUUACACAACAGAUGCUCACGCUCCGGGGUCUACCUUAGGUAGGCACAAGCAGCAGCAUCAACAACAAAAUGGAGCAGCGGCUACAGCUGUUCAGAGCCAUUCUGCUGCUUCUACAACCUACGCAUACGAUUACUUGGGCAUGGUUGAGCCCCUGCUUGAGUCCGAAGAGGAAGCGCAACUGGUGCGUCAAAUUAGGACGCACGACUUAUUGCUGCUCCAGCGGCAGCAACAGAAUCAGCAGCACUGGAGGCAAGAGCAACAGCAGAAGCCAAAGCAACAGUUUGCCGAGCAGCUGAAUGGUGUUAUUACUCCCCCAGAUGGAUCUUCCGUAGCGGCCUUACAGCAAAUGCACCAGAUGUACAACGGCAUGGGCCAAGUGACGCAGGAACAGUUGAUGCUUCUGCAGCAGCAAAAAGAGGAGCUUCCGCAGAUGCAACAGCGUACAUCGUACAAGCAGCAACUAGAAAGUUUUGCUCAGCUGGACACCCCUCAAAUGCCUCCAGUAAUGCCUUCUACUCUAUCCCCCCAAGAGCACCAGCUAAGAUUGUUGAAGGACGACACAGAGAAAGUCCUGCACCCGGAGUUGUUGUUUCUGCAACAGAAAAAUCCUCAACAGCAGCAGCGUAGGGUCCAAUCGGCGUCUAUGUCCCAGACAGCAACAGCUGCUGCUGUUGCACCAGAGCCGCGACGCAGCAGCCGACGCUUGACCUCACCGGCAACAAGGCAGUUGUCUGUGAGGCGACGUCAGCAGCAGGCCGGUGUGUUCGCUGCAGCCCCCCCCAAAAGCAGCAACAGCAGCAUGUCUCCCAAUUCUCGAGGGUCAUCAGUAAAGGGAAUGAGAGAAUUAUCUCCUCCACAGUACAGUCAACAAGCGAGUGAACCCAACGCCAAGCCUCCAGCAGCAGCGAUGAGAAGCAAGAGUGUUGCAGCUAAGCCUGCUGUUGUAGCACGGCGCUCUAGCAGUCCUCAGCAGCAUCAAAAGCAAGAAGAGCCGGCAACAAUUUCAUCAACUGCCCAUACAACGAGCCAGCAACAGCACUAUACGCAAUGGCGGCAAAAGCAGCACAUCACGCACCAUCACGAUUCUGAGCAGUAUACUGCUUUGGAUCUGACUCUGCAGCGGAUCUUUAGAGUUCCUGGGAUAGGCAACCAGGAAGUGAAUGAGAACGGUGCAGCUGCAGCUGAAGCAGCAGCAGCUGCUGCUGCAGUUGCUGUGCAGGUAGCGAAAAGGCACCAGCAGGGAAUGGGCAUGUCUGGCGAGGAGCGCAAGGCCUUGGCCGAUAAGCUAAGAAUGCUGGCACAGCAAUUGCACAACGAUGAAGACGAACCGCAUGCACGGCAGAAAUUCCAGGACCAACAGCCUCAGCAGCAGGAGAAGCAGCUGCAGAACGAACAGCAGCAGCAACAACUGGAGCGACAGAAACAGAUGUUUCCAAACAUGAGCAUCCAUGCAGACAGCGUUGCCUCUGCAUCCCCUCGAGCCAGGGACAGGCGCACCAGUAGUGGCGCAGUUGACGAUGGAUGCCUUGUUUCUUUGGAGAAUAGCACGGAAAGGCAUAAAAAAGGAAGCAGCAGGAACAACAGCGACUUCGCCACAAAAUUAGGAGGAGACUCCGCGAAACCAUCGGGACCAACAGCAGCAACAAACAAAAGGGUACAAGGCUCUGCAGCGUCUGCUGAACAGCUUGAACGCAGAGAAAUGAGACAUUCACGCUGCGGAUAUGGAUUUGAUACAGCAGCAGAGGCAGUAAGCAGAUCAGCAGGCGAAUUCGUAGCAACAAGAAGUGUCAGUCCCCCCACUGCAGAGAAAGAGCAGCAAGCAAGAAUUAUUCAGGUGCUAGACAUCCUCAUGAGGCAGAUCGAGACUUCUCAAAGCCUUGCUGUCCCUAGCGGGACAGCUGCAGCAGCAGAACCUGCAGCGGCAGCAACGAAUGCAGAAACAACGCGGAGGGUUUCGUUGUCGUUUUUCCCUCAUGACCCGGAUGAAGUUCCGGAGAAACCUGAAACGCUGCAGCAGAAAGAGGGUCGUGGCAAGACCAAAAGGAAUCCAGCGACACAAACAGAGAUAGACUUUGCAGGCUCAGGGACAGCAGAAGCGUCACCAUCAAAAGUUGCAGCAAGGCAUGUUCACCAGUGUAGUUCAAGGGCUGCAUUGAGCACGGGCUUGGGGCGGCAAGGACAACAAGAAUGUUCUGCUGCUUCGGGUGUAUCCAGAAUACAAGAAGACUCAGUGGCAUGUGCAGCAGAGAAUGACCAACAUCCUUUCCCUACCUCCAUGCCAUCUCUCGCCGAAAGCUGCACGAGCUGCAGCGAUCAGUGCAUCCUGAGGAGAAAUCAUCCGCCAACAGCUUCCGAACUGUCAAAAGGAGCUGCAACAGGUGCUGCUUCCUUUGAACGAAACGUUGCUGCAGGUACGACCAGGAGACGACAGCAUGACCCAUAUUCAAAGGCCGUGCUGCGGCUUCUGCACGAUGAAGAGCAGCAACAACAGCAAAAGGAAGGUAGGAAACAGCAUCAAGCCUCGACCAACAGAGUCCAGCGCCAGCAGUCACAACAGAACGAGGCCUUCAGUGUUUCUGUUUCGCCACAACAUCGCUCCAUCUCAAGGCAUCAUUCGUUGCCACAGCGCCACGUCGACCUUGCGAGGCCGGCCGCUGCGCAGCACCCAACAGCAAAGCCUGUAGCACAAAGUGACUCUGGAACAGCAUGUAACUCAGACGAAGGAGCGUCUACAACACAACCCGAAGCAAAAGAAGAGGAGGCGGAGGUAUCACCAGCGCCUGCUGCUCGGAGAGAAGCACCAUCUGAAGAAAGUAUCACAGUGAUAUCAAAAGGGCAACAGCAGCAACAGCCAGAGCAGCAUCCCUCCUACGGAGUAAAGCCAAACAGUUCCAAAGAUGAUUCCCUAUACGCAUCCUCAAACUUGGUUGGGUCAGUAACUGUCGCUGCGGAGGCUGCACCUUUUCGCGCUAAAGCUGAUGCUAUGGCAACAGCAUCAGCAUUCGAGCCCGAUGCAACGCCAGGAGCCCUACAAGCGGAGGCAGCUCCAGAAGCCUCAGAUGGAAGACCAAGGGCAACAGUUCCAGGAAAGCCCUCUGGAGAGGCCACUUCAGAUAAGCGACAGCAACAGCCCCGGGGCAAAGCAGUGCUCCUUGGGAACACGGCAUGGACCACUGGUAGCAAGCGCCAAAUCCAACGCAGCGUCAUUAGCAGCAGCAACAUUAGCACCAGCAGCAACAAUGCAAACAGCUACAGCAAGCCUGCGCCCUCCAGAAGAGUUCUAGAGAAGCGAUGCGGGGAACAAACAGACGAGGAGGCAAAUCGAAGCCAGCAGUCGACGGUACAAAGGCAUGUGCCUCAUCAUCAAUAUACAAAACCGCACCAGCAGCAGAAUAAGACAGAAGGGAAUGCAGCUUUAGCAGCAGCAGACACGCCAAGCCUGGGUGCUAUUUUAGCGGCUUCUGCCCAUAGCACCACCACUCCACAGCAGCAGCAGAGGCGAGAACGGCAGCUGCUGCUGCUGCAGCAGCAGCGACAACGCUUGAGGCAACAGCAACAGCUGCAGCAGCAGCAGCAACUAUCUCCCCUGGAGGAGCUGAAGCUUCGGAGAAUCAAAGUGAAGGAAAUGGCACUGCAGCAAAGACUAAAGGCUAAUGGACUGGCGUAA